AUGUCUUUCAAGCGUCCACCAGUGCCUCUUCUCUCUUGCUCCCUUGUUCACUCUGACUUUCUACUGCUUUCUUCUCUUUCCUCUCUCCUCUUUAUCAGUAUCUCUCCUCUUUCUUCUUCAACCCAUUUCUUUUUGUCUGUUUCUUCUGCAAUUUCCCUCUCUUUCUGUAUUUUCCUCUUGUUCUUCUUAUCCGCCCUUCUCUCUCUCUCUCCCUCCCUCUCUCUCUGUCUCUCUCUCUCUCUCUCUCUAGAUAUUUUCACUCUCCCUGUCUCACCUCCUUUCUCUAUUUCUUAUUCUCCUACUCAGUCGUUUUUCGUUCACUUUUACUACGUUUUCACUCCAUUUUUCCCACCCUCACUCUCUCAUUCUUGUACACGGGCACUCGUAUUUUCUUUCUCUCUCUCUGUUCUCGAUUUAUUUCCUACUAUCAUUAUUCCUCCCCCCAACGCUUGCAUUUUCUCUUUCCGAUUCUUUUCCCUCUCUCAAUUUUCUUCUCUUUAUUUCUUAGUAUAUCACUUUUACUUUUUUCUCUGUUUUCUCUAUCUUUCGCUGUUUCUUCAUUCCUCCCCUUUCUAUCAGUGUCCCCCCUCUCUCACUCGUUCUUUUUUACUUUCAACUUCUCACUUUCUCCUCCUUUACCCCUCCUUUAUCACGCAAUAUCUCUCUCUUCCUCUCUCCAUUUUUAUUUCUUCAUCAUGGCCUGAAGAUUCCUUCUAUCUUUCUCUCUCUCUCUCUCUCUCCCCCUCUUAUCUUUUACUGCCUCCUGUUGUGAUAGCCGUCUAUAAUAUCCAUAAAUGCGUUUUCCUUUCAUUUUUAUAUCUAUCUAUCUAUCUAUCUAUCUAUCUAUCUAUCUAUCUAUCUAUCUAUCUAUCUAUCUAUUUCAGUGUUUCUAUCUACGAGGCUCAGCUGAAAGAUUUUUCUUUCUUUUCUUUAAUUUCUUUUUUUUUUUUUUUCUGUCUUUUAGCGCGGGAAUUUUAUGAUAUCCUUUCUUCUUUUUUUCUUUUCUCUUUUCCUUUCUUGUUUUCCGUUUCUCUUCCUUCUCUCUCACUCAAUCACUCUCUCUCGCUCUCUCUCUCUCUCUCUCUUUUUUUUCUUCAUCCCAUUCAUUUUUGUAAAUUACUUUCUCCUCUUAUUGCUCCUUUUGCCCGGCUCUAUUUUCUUUUUCUUUCUUUUUCUCUCUUCUCUCUCUCUCUCUCUCUCUCUCUUUCUCGUUCUUAUCUUCAUUUUUUAUAUCUAAUUCAUUCUUUUCCCUUCUUCCUUUCUGUUUUUCUUUCUUUCCUUCUCUCUCACACUCUUUCCCUCCUGUCGUUAGCAUUUUUCUCUUUUUAUUCCCUCACAUUUUUAUUUUUGUCAAUCCUUCCAGCUUUUAAAUUAUUUUCCCCUUUCAUUCCCCCCUUUCCCUCGACUCAUUUCAGUCUUCUUUCUUUCUUUCUUUCUUUCUUUCUUUCUUCUCCCUCUCUCUCUCUUUCUCUUUUGUCGUUAGCAUUUUUCUCUUUUUCUUUUAAAUUAUUUUCUCCUUUAAUCCCCUUUUUCCUUGCAUCAUUUCUUUCUUUCUUUCUUUCUUUCUUUCUUUCUUUCUUCUCCCUCACUUUUCAUUGCUAUCAGUUUUUUUUCUUUUUCAUUCCAACACAUUUUUAUUUUUGUCAGUCUUUCAUUUCUAUUCCUUUUUUAUUUUUCCUUUCAUUUCUCAUCUUCUUUCUUCUUUCAUAUUCUUUCUUUCUUUGUACGUUUUUCUCCUCCCCCCACCUCUCUCUCUCUCUCUCUCCUUUAUCUCCGUUCUCUCCUUCAUUGCAGGCCCAGGUUUUUUUCAAUUAUAUUUUCUUUUCUUUUCAUGGGAGAAUACUCUCUUACUCUUUCUCUUUUUCUCACUUUCUUUCUCUCUUUCUCUCUUUCUUUCUCUCUUUCUCUCUUUCUUUCUCUCUCGAUUUCUUUCUCUCUUUCUUUCUCUCUUUCUCUCUCUCUUCCUCUCUCUCUCUUUCUCUCUCUCUUUCUCUCUCUUUCACUCUCUUUCACUCUCUUUCUCUCUCUCUCUCUUUCUCUCUCUUUCUCCGAGAGUAUUAUAUCGCAUACUUUAUAUAG